AUGCCGCAAGAAGAACCAAAUCCGUUAAUGCGAAAGAAAAAAACACCGGAAGAAUUAGCAGCGGAAGCGGAAGCUGAGGAAGAAGACGAAUUCACAAAACUGAAAAAUUCAAUAGAAACUCACGUAAACGACAUCAAAAGUCAGAUUGAAAGCAAAUGCGUGCUACAGUGA